AUGACGAAUAAAGACAAGACGACGGUUCUAGAGACAGACGGCGACUUAAUCCAGGCUAUUGAGACGAUGACAAUGCCCACUACGCGGACUCAAGUCACACCUCCUUCUCCCCAUGAAAACAAACUAAAAGCUCCGUCUACCUGCAAGAUUGCAUCCUUUCUUACAGCAUACGAAAAGUGGGUGGAAAAUCAUACAGGUUUAGCUCGUAAUAUAGAGGCUACACUUUAUAUUGCACCACAGCUGAUCCCGAAAAGUGUCCUAGAACCCGAGAUUGCAGCACAAUGUAGCUACUCAUUCGUAGGUUUGCUCCAUUUGUACCAUGAUUACGUAUUAUGGAAGAAGCAAGAGAAUAAUUACGUGGAGAGUCCGAUCAAGCAGUGUCAAAAAUUGACCCGAUUAGUUCGGAUGCCACUGUCAUUGAUUAUGCACGUCCAAGUUUUAGCAGAAGUGGUCGCUCGUAAAGCUGGAGGUGACGUGGGCAAAUGGCGUUUAAUUGUAUGGGUGGAAGUAGUCAAAGGCGUGCUCCGUCUCAUGCUUCUUUCUCAGCAACGUCAUGUUAUGCUGAUAAGUGGAGGCAAGUAUAAGGGCAUAGAAUCAGCUUCUCGACUAUCGGCAUUUACGCGGUUCAAGAAGACUAAGCAACCUGGUGCUCGCACGGGCAAGACUUUUGGAAAAGUCACUACAGCAUCGAAGCCUGAACCAUUGACGAAAACGAGCGAUGACAAAGAUUUGAAGACAAUGGCGUUCGAAGACGCGACAUGUGAUGUCGCAGAGGCAUCACGUGAAGACCUUCUUGUCGCUGGAGAGAUCUGCCAUAUUUUGCGGCCCGUCAUGUAUGCUUUGCUACGUCGUCGGCGAUCAGAGACAUCGUGGACUCCCGUUGUCGUGUCGCUUCUUAUGGAGCUAUCAGGAUUGGCGUUGUCUGCUGCAGCUGUCAAGCCGACGGAACCGAUGAAAGCUGUUUUCAUCAACAAAGCUGGGGACGAGAUUGCAGCGCGGAAGAUGGCUCUUCUCCUUUAUUUGCUUCGUGACCCGGUGUUCGCGACCGUCACGAAGCCCGUGGUGGAAAAGAGUGCAGAUAUUCUGGACUACGUGCCAGGAGUGGGCAAGCUCUUCCGUUUUGGAACGACUGCCAUACUGGACUACUAUCAUCAGUUCCACUUUUAUACGUCGGCAUCGUAG